AAAAGCAAUAGCUCUCUCUCUCUCGUUCUAACGUUGACGUUGACACGCUCGGGAAAAAAACGCAACCAAACGCGAAAGAAAGAGAAGCACGAGCUUGAGUCUGUGGAAAAUCAAAUGAGAGAAGAAUCCAAGCUGACAUACCCAGGUACACGGUGCGCAAAGAACAUAGUGAAAAACGGGCCAAGGAAAAAGCAAAUAAACGCUGCAGAAAAGUGUAGCCGAUUGAAGAUAUCUGUCCAAGACCGACACACGAUACGGAGGGCAAGAAGGUAGUGCAACUGUUCCGUUCCCCAGAGAAACCGGAGCAAAGAGUAUUCCUGCAUAUACGCACAUACCCACACUCACUUACACACGCACCCUUCCCGUGCGCUACCCCGUCCGUGCGCGCUCGGUUGUGACACGCGUUUGUUUGCGUUUGGUUGUAAGGAAGGCCACUAGAAAGGCUACGGGUGAGCGAAAAGCAAAUUUCCGGCUCCGUAUACUCCACCAAACCCCAUCACGAUGGCCGAUCAGACAGAGCUGCGGAUGAAUUUGGUGGCGAUCAAGCGGGUCGACCCGUACGCAAAGGACAUCGUCAACUCAUCCGCACACGUCGCACUGUACGUGUUUAACAAUGCUGAGAACGAAUGGGAAAAGACAGACAUCGAGGGUGCCCUGUUCAUUUACAGCCGCUUUGCCGAACCGUACCACAGCAUCUUCAUCAACAAUCGGCUCAACACGAACUCGCUGGUUGAACCGAUCCGGGGUCAGAUUGAGCUGCAGUCGAAGCCACCGUUUCUGCUGUACCGGAACGAGCGGUCCCGGAUCCGCGGCUUCUGGUUUUACAACAAUUCCGAAUGCGACCGCAUCGGUGAAGUUAUUCAGAAACUUGUGACGGAUUGCGGAGAUGGUGGUGGUGGUGGCGGUGGGGGUAGUAAUGAGCAUCGGCCACCACCAAUGAAUGGCGGAGUGGAACCUGCACCUUCCGGUAUCUAUUCGGUUGGGGGUGUAAUGAACGGUUCCGGUGGGGAAGGUGAAAGCAACAAUGUGGACAUAUUCACGAUGCUUACGAAAGCGCAGGAAGAUUUCCAAAACAAUGCGCCCAAACCGAUGGAGCAUCCGGUUUUGAACCAUCACGCGGUGUUGAUGGGCAAUCAUCCCGGUCCUGGCAUCGCGAUAACACAGCAGCAGCAGCAGCAGCAGCAUCAUCAUCAGCACCAACAACAGCAGCAGCAGCAGCUUCAGCAGCCAAUUACUAACCAGAACGCACCGCGUAGUGUUGUUAACUUUUUUGCCGCGGCUAAACAACCGGCCGCCUCGGAGGUGCCACUGUUCAAGACGCUUGCCCCAGUUCAUACGCUCGAGCAGAUCGAGAAGCAGCAUCGUGCCACCACGCCCCAGAAGGACUCGACCACCGGUAAGGUGACGCCGGACGUGACCACCGAUCUCGAGCACAGUUUCAAGCGUAUGGGCAUUCCGAUCGUAACCGGUGGUGGUAACAAUGGACCACAGACACCGUCCGCCGGGAUGCCGGAACUCGGUACUUCACCGCUGGCAACGUUUAUCAAUGCUGCCAGCCUGUCCGCGGCGAUGCGCGCUAACCAUCAUCAACCGGUCGUACCGAAGACGAAACUGAUCGAAAUCAGUGAACUGGAAUCGAGGCAAAGUGCGCAACAGCAGCAGCAGCAGCAACAGCAACAACAAACGCCACUCCACGAGCUGUUGAAAAAAUCGGAUCCCAUCGGUGGUAAUGGGACGGGUGUAGCAACGGUCGUGAAACCAGCGCUAAUGCCACCAACCAUGUUUAAACCAACCGCGUCACCGGCCGCGGCCCAGGAAGCGUUAAGCAGUCUUUUGCUUGGUGCUACCACCCCCAGUACGAACUCGCCAGCGGGCGGCAACAAGCAGCAGGGCAACGGUACGCCGGGAGGACAAACGAAACCGGGUACAACACCGGGCAGUACGCCGCUUUCCUCCACCGGUAAUAAGCAGCAAAGGUCGACGGGUAGUAAGCAACGGGAUGGCGGUACGGCCAGUGGAGUCACUCCACCGAAAGCUGCCGGGUCCGCCAACAACGUAACAUCAUCGUCCAAGAUGAUGUUCGACAUUCUGUCGGAGGCUAAGACGAACAGUAACCUGAUCAACAACAACAACAAUAACGCGACGGCUACGGUAGGCGUAGAGCCGCUCACCCAAAACCAGCUGAUCCAAGCGGUCAGCUAUCUGAUCAAGCACGAUCCCGAUUUUGUGCGGAAGCUGCACGAAGCGUACGUGAAAUCUUUCACCGAAAUGAUAUCGAACUAGAGUGUGUCGCUGCGUGUGCGUGUGUGUGUAGGAGAUAGACGAAAGCUUUCAUAGAAAUUUUUGGAGAUUCAUCCCUUGAUCCCGUGUUCUCGAUGUGUCUUUCCGCUUCAUUACCGAAGGGAAACUCGAACACUCGAAACAAUGCAUUCUUCAACUUCCUAGUUGCUAAAUUGUUGUAAGGAUCACAGCUAAACUGGAACGAAAUACAGAAAGGUAUCGGAACUAGUAAGAAUUUGAGUAACAAAAAAAAAGGAAACAAAGAGAAUCGAAGCGAACGAGAAAGAGAGAAAGGAAGAUCUUUUUAAUUACUUUAGUUAUUUUGCUCAUAAUUCGCUUUAAUAAUUCAAAUCGUUUUUUUAUCAUUACUUGGACUCAUAUUUUUUUUCAUCAUAUUAUACGGAAAACCAAAUUAUAUUAAGGAUUCUGUUGCAACAGUGAGAAAUUAGGUUAUUAAGCUUCAGAACCAACUCCUUUAAAAUUAGUCAGUAUCGCUAAACUUUAAUAGUAUCCUUUACGCAAUCUAAGUUUGUACGAACUAUGCAAGGAAGAAUCAAGUGUUUUUCUGUGUUUCAAAUGUUUCAUUCCCCACCUGCCCAACAACGUGUGCUUGGGAGCAACAUUAUAUGGGCCCGGUUAUAUGUAUGUAAUUCUAUCUGUUAAAUGUAUUAAAAGAAAGUCAUGUAAUGAAUUUGUAUAGCAUGAUUAGCGUUGAGUUUACGACGGUUCUAGUGCACUAGGAAAUCAGCUGUAAAUUAGAAACCUAAAUGAAAACAACGUUUGCUCGGUAAAGAAUUUGUUCUAGCGAUAUGAAGAAAAACCAGCAUUAUGCUGUAACAUAUUCUGUAAUCGGAUCGUAGGUCUCCCCUAACUUCUCUCUUUCUUUUUUUGCAUAGAUCUCUCCUUUAGUAUGCUCACACACGCACAGCAUAAGCGAAGCAGCAUAAUAUGGCAUACGUGGUUGAUUACAACGCGAGUCUAGGUUCUGUGAAAGCUGAUUAAAAUUAAAACAAUUAUCGCACUCAAUUGUGGAGAGACGAUGAAACAACAAAUCCGUUACAAAAUCAAUACCCGAAGUUUUAUGUAAAACACUACAAAACACGAUUCGUUACAAAUAUAUAAAUGUAUUCGAAAGCGUUGGUACGGAGUGUAACCACGCAAGCUGUCCACACAAAA